CAAUGAGGUAACAAACAAUUAUCCUCGUAAUAGCUGAUACAUUACAGAAGUUCAUAUUUUGCUUUUUUGCAUGUUAGUAGGUUCAACCACGGUGCGAUAAUGAACAGCCUUUAUAGAAUCAUUGUAAAGUUCCAUCUCCAUUAUCCUUCCAUUGUUCAACGGGUGAAACGCGACUCCAAACUGGCGUCGUCAGUAUCUAAGCAACGACGCACAAUAACAUUGUAGCACCGAAAAUAAAUAAAUAAAUUUUUGCUCCAUUAGGAUUUUUUUUAAUUUUUUUACUAUCUCCAAAUUACUGAGGGAAACGACUAAAACGACGUCUACGAGGAUUUCAUUUGACAUUUUACCGAGUUGUUUUGUCUUCGCGUCAUUCCUGGUGAAAAUGUAUGGGCGCGCUCCUAGAGUUACCUACCUCACCGUGGGCAGCACCACGUCCGAAGUUGGGCCAGGAUCAUACGAGGUCAUUCAAUACAAAACCAAAAAAUCAGAUGGCUAUGCUCCGUUCCUCUCACUCUCCAAGCGGCCCUCUAUGUUCCACAGGUCCAGCAAUGACAAAGCCUUGCCUGGACCGGGACAAUACAACAGCUCACAUAGCAAGGAUAACAUUCUGGGAGGACAAAGUCUAAAGAAUCGAUCAAAGCGGUUUAAUGAGGUGGUGUCAGAAGUCCCGGGCCCUGGAACGUACAACGUCCGGCAGGCAGCAGGAAACACACUGAGGGGAGCUGAGAGUGAGCCUCCGGGGAAGAGACGGACUAAGGUGUGGCUUCGGGGUGUUCCUACUCGCCUCAAGUUCCUGCCACAGCCAGACAUUCCUUCCAUCCCGUCACCUGGGCAGGCCUUUGGCUAUGAAGACAAUGGACAGGGAUUUCUUUGCAAGCAAAAGGCACCAGAAAAGGAUGAUACAUUAGGACCUGCUUUCUACAACCCAGUGGUGGCAGAAACCAGCUUCUCUCUGAAGUACAAAGGCGUCCAUUUUGGGAAGAUGACAGGGAAGCGAGGCGAGGUGAAGGGAGAAGAGGGCCCUGGACCAGGGCAAUAUGAUCCUGAAGAGUAUUCCACGACGGAGUACGAGAACGUCAAUGUGAGGAAGGGGCAGAAGAGUCGGGCCGAGCUGGUCGUCCCACGCUACCACGAGAUUGUCACGUUGCAGGAGGAGAAGAAGGGAGUGCCAGGUCCAGGCCAGUACCAUAUCAGGAGUCAGUUUGAGAAGCCGAGCAGCCCGUACGGCAAUCUACCUGUCUUCAGCCCUCCUUUCCUCUCUCAGGCGCAGCGGUUCAGGCCUGUGAAGGAACUGGCUCCUCCUGUAGGUAUGUACAAUGACCCGCGCUGUGCUCUGGAGAUCCUCAAGAAGACCACUGGAAUGCAGAGAAAUCCCUUUGGUCUGACUGCUGUUCGGUUCCUCCCUGACAGCCGGAAACAGUCCACUCCAGGUCCUGGUGCCUAUAAUAUGUUUGAAUAUGGCCUGGCCCAGGACAGCAUAAAAAAGGCUUACCUAGAGAGUACCAGGAAGGGAGGCUUCGGCUCGACAGCCCAACGCAGUCUCAUGUUCCACAACAAUGAAGAGGUCCCUGGGCCUGGCCAGUACAAGGUGGAGAAGAAGACAGAGGAGCUGUACAAGAAGCAGCACACAGCAGCAUUCAAGUCGGCCACAGAACGACUGGCCAUAUCCCUGGUGGCUAAAGACACCCCUCCUCCCAGCUCCUACAACGUGCGGGAGUCUUCUGAGAAGACGUAUGGCCGCGCCUCCUUCUCAGAACCCAGGAGCGAGGGGGGCAGGAGACGCCAGAGCUCAUUCCUGAGCGCAGCACCCAGACACUCCUCCUUCUUGAGCUACGAUCCGGACUUCCCAGGUCCAGGUCAGUAUAGUCCUGACAUCAAGUCCAGUCCCCAGAUGGCUCUGAUCGUGUCCAGGGAGGAUCGCUUCAAAGGCCCCAAGAACACCAACCCCGGCCCAGGCACCUAUGAGCUCAGCCCAGCGAUCAUGGACACGGUUCUGAAGGGCACGUUCAACGUAACCCUCAACAACCCGCUGAGCAACCAUUACCCUGCCCCUCACCUAUUGAGUGCCUUGCCGCCGCCGCCGCUCACCCUCAGCAGUGUAUAGAGCAGGGUCAAAGGGAGCUUUUUGGAGGGAACCACAGACUGCCCUGAUGUUUCAGCAUUGGGAAAUACAAUUCAAAUAAAUAGAUGUUAAAUAAUAAAUGUUUCUUUUACAUUCAUUUGUAAACACAUUGAUAAUUAUUCAACAACCUUUAGAACAGAGGUAAAACUAGAUUUAGCUGCAGGCCAAUUUUUUUCUGAGCGGGUGGUCAGGUGGGCUGAACAUUAUUUUUUAUAAUUUAAGCCCGAAUAAGAUAUUGUAUUUGACAAUAACAUGGUCAUUUCUUGCCUUUGAUUACACAGAGACACGCUCCCACCAUGUCAUUUCAACCUGGAUAAUUUGGUCAUAUUUGGUUGAGACGUUGUUCAAUGAGAUUACAACCUAUAUCCACCCACUCAAAAAAGACAGCCAAAAGUUAGUUGAAUUUCCAACGUGUUAUGUUAUCACUGUGCUUUCAACCAUCUCAAUGCACAACCAAAUUCCAAUGGAAAAACAAUGUCCAACAUAUCAAUGAUCAAUUUGUAGACCAACUAGAAUUAAAGCCAGACUAAGUCAGUAUCACAGAUGGAACUAUCCAAGCAGAACAUACAUAUAUUUGGUUGUGUUGACAACCAAAACACAGUUCAAUACCCAGUUUGUCUACAAAUGAAUAACUCAUCUGUUGGAUUCACAUCUCCAUCUCAACCAAAAGUCACAGUUAAAGAAUAGGACUAAAUAUAAUCUAAUUUAAUCUAAACUAUAAAUUCACUUUAAGUAAUGUUUUAUUUGAAUGAGUUGUAUUCUUGGUUGAGAUUGAGAUGUGAAUCCAACGUUUUAAUGAUUAACAUGAAGAUUACAUUUGAAAUCAACCCGAGCCUGAAACCCUAGGCUUACUGUAUAUGUAUAGUCUAUUUGUAGUUGAACCCCAGGAUGAAUCGAAGCAAUAGCUGUUGAUGCCUUUGUAAAUAUUAUACAGGCCUAAAUAGUAUUAUUGGUGAUACGAGUAAUAGGGUAGCUGUAGAUAGAUCAAUUCUCCAGUAGUCAGUCUUGUUGAAGAUCUGACGUUGUUUUAAAGCUACAAAUUCAACAUAUUUUAUAGAAGGUUUGUCUAUGUUGUCUAGGUAAAGUCCCCCCUUUAUCUCAGCUCGCUGGUCACCAUAGCAUCUCCCACCUGUAGCACACGCUCCAGCAGGUAUAUCUCUCUAGUCACCCCCAAAACCAAUUCUUUCUUUGGCCGCCUCUCCUUCCAGUUCUCUGCUGCCAAUGACUGGAACGAACUACAAAAAUCUCUGAAACUGGAAACACUUAUCUCCCUCACUAGCUUUAAGCACCAACUGUCAGAGCAGCUCACAGAUUACUGCACCUGUACAUAGCCCACCUAUAAUUUAGCCCAAACAACUACCUCUUUCCCAACUGUAUUUAAUUAAUUAAUUAAUUAAUAUCCAAUGUAUUUUCCACCACAGGAGGUUGGUGGCACCUUAAUUAGGGAGGACGUGCUCGUGGUAAUGACUGGAGCGGAAUCAGUGGAACGGGUAUCGACUACAUCGAAUACAUGGUUUCCUUUUGCUCCAUUUCCAGCCCUAUUCCCUAUCAUCCCAAAUGGCGCCCUAUUCCCUAUAGUGGACUCAUUUGGAACAGGGCAAUGGUCAAAGGUGCUGCACUAUGUAAGGAAUAGUGUACUAUUUGGGAAGCAGGCCUUGUCUUAUUCUAGACACAGUGGCCAACACUGGAUUUGUUUACUUUCAGCCACCAUACUUCUAAGUAGUCUGAAUAUGAAAUAGUAAGUGAUCCCUCAGUUCAUAUCCCAAAGCUCAUCUUACCUUGGAUAUUGGGAUAGUAAAAUAUAGAUGGGUGUCUGAGCUCCUUGCUCAUUAUUGAUGCUGAAAUGAUUGAUAUCCACAUCCAGGAUAUUUAUUUAACUUGGCAAGUCAGUUAAGAACAAAAUCUUAUUUUCAAUGACGGCCUAGGAACUGUGGGUUAACUGCCUGUUCAGGGGCAGAACAACAGAUUUUGUACCUUUGAACUUGAAUUUGAACUUGCAACCUUUUAGUUCCUAGUCCAACGCUCUAACCACUAGGCUACCCUGCUGCCCCUAUCAUGUCCAAAUUGUACUGUAUGUCUAUUUUGUUGGCAGAUAAAAACAUGUUU